AUGGCGGAGCGUGGGGGGCUCGGAGAAGAAGCAGCAGCGAUAGCAGGCGGGACAGGCGAGCGAGGCACGAUAGCAGCUGCAGCACGGGCAGCACGAGCAGGCAGAAGCGGGACGCGGGCGCGCGGACAGGCAUGGUCGCCGCGCGGCGAGUGCGAGCGCGCGCGCGCAGUGGGGGAGCGAGGUGAGCAGCGGCAGCAGCUCGAGGGCAGUGGGGCACGGCUGGUGGCUGCGAGAGGGGAGACGGCGCGCGUGUGUGCGGUAGGAGGGCCGCAGCGGCAUGGCGAGGUGGGCGCGUCGCGGGACUGCAGCAGGGGCACGAGGCGCGCGGCCAAGUACGCGGGCGGGGCGCGGGCGCCGGUGCGCGGCGGUGACCGCAGGGAAGGAGGAAAAGAGGGGGGCCUCACGGGGGGAUGCACGGAACGGGGCAGUGGUGUUUGGGGAGGAUGA